AGCCAUGCUCCGUAAGAUGAAGUUCAGUGCCAAGGUGAAGCUUCUGCUAUGGAAGAACUGGACCCUCCGGAAAAGGCAGAAGAUUCGCUUCUUCGUGGAGAUCUUCUGGCCCUUAUCCCUGAUUCUUGUCCUGGUAUGGCUGAGAAAUGCGAAUCCGCUGUAUGGCCAGCACGAAUGCCAUUUCCCAAACAAGGCGAUGCCUUCGGCCGGGGUGUUACCGUGGUUACAUGGAAUCUUCUGCAACUCCAAUAACCCUUGCUUCAGGAGCCCGACGCGCGGAGAGUCGCCUGGCGUGGUCUCCAACUACAACAAUUCCAUCCUCGCAAGAGCUUAUACAGAUGCCCAAGAUGUCCUCUUGGAGAAGCCUGAAAUGCAGCAUCUUGGCCGGAUCUGGAAGGAGCUGUACAGCGUCUCCGAUUUUAUGGACACCAUCCGGACCAACCCUGGAAAGGUCUACGGACGCGGAAUACGAAUCAGAGACAUCUUAAAGGACGAUGAAAUGCUGACGCUGUUCUUGCUGAAGGACAUCGGACUGUCUGACUCGGUCGUGUAUCAGCUCAUAAACGCUCAAAUCCGGGUGGAACAGUUCGCCUCCGGGAUACCUGACCUGACUCUGAAGGACAUCGCCUGCAGCCAGAGCCUCCUGGAGAGAUUCAUCAUCUUCGGCAGCCGCCGCGGGAUGCACACCGUGCGCAACGCCAUGUGCGUCCUGUCCCAGCAGAGGCUACAGAGGGUAGAGGACGUGCUGUACGCCAACAUCGACUUCUUCAAAGUUUUCGAAAUUCUUCCGACUAUCCUCGACAGCCGUUCCCGUGGGGUUGACCUCAGAUUCUGGGGAAGAGUCAUUUCUAAUCUGACGGACUCUCUCAGAGAGUUGGCCCAGAAGCAGAGUAUCCAGGACCUUCUGUGGGUCCUGCGUCCUAUCGUCCAGGAGGGGGGGCCGACCACCUUCUCGCAGCUCAUGACGUCUCUGUCGGACCUCUUCUGUGGUUAUCCGGAGGGCGGAGGUUCUAGAGUUUUCUCCUUCAAUUGGUAUGAAGACAAUAACUACAAGGUUUUCCUCGGAGUCAACUCCACCAAGAAGGAAUCCUAUUACUCAUACGACAAGACAACCACGCCGUUCUGUAACGCCCUGAUGCAAGGUCUGGAGUCCAAUCCUGCGACAAAGAUCGCAUGGAGCGCAAUGAAGCCUUUACUCAUGGGGAAAAUCCUUUAUACUCCUGAUGCCCCAGCAAUCCGCGACAUUCUGAAGAACGCGAAUGUCACCUUUCGGCAGCUCGAGCGCUUGAGGCAAAUGGGCAAAGCCUGGGAAGAAGUGGGUCCUCAGGUGUGGCACUUCAUGCAGAGCAGCGUGCAGAUGAACAUCAUCCGGGACACCAUAAAAAACCCAACGGUGAAGGAUUUCCUCAACCGGCAACUUGGAGACGACGGACUUUCUGCUGAUGACGUCAUAAACUUCCUGUACAACGGGAAUCCGGACGAACGGCCGGAGGGAGCGGCAAAUUUUGACUGGAGAAACGUGUUUAAUGUCACCGACCACCUGCUGCGGCUCUUCAACCAGUACAUGGAGUGCUUAACCUUGGAUAAGUUUGAAGGUCACGAUGAUGAAUCCCAUUUGACCCAUCACGCCCUUUACUUACUGGAAGAAAAUAAAUUCUGGGCUGGUCUCGUGUUCACCGACAUAUUCCCCUGGACCAAUCAGGUCCCGCCUCACGUCAAAUACAAAAUCCGCAUGGAUAUCGAUGUAGUGGAAAAAACAAACAAGAUUAAAGAUCGAUAUUGGGACCCAGGACCCCGGGCUGACCCCAUAGAGGACUUCCGAUAUAUCUGGGGCGGCUUUGCUUAUCUCCAGGACAUUAUUGAUCAUGGAAUUAUAAAGACGCAGACCAAUCACGACUCCCCGACCGGACUGUACAUCCAGCAGAUGCCGUACCCCUGCUUCAUAGAUGACGUGUUCAUGAUAACCCUAAAUCGCUGCUUUCCGAUUUUCAUGGUGUUGUCUUGGAUUUAUUCCAUCUCCAUGCUGGUGAAAGACAUUGUCCUAGAGAAAGAGCUGCGUCUGAAGGAAACCAUGAAGAAUCUGGGGGUCACCAAUGAGGUCAUGUGGUUCACCUGGUUCAUAGACAGCUUCAGUGUUAUGACUCUCAGCACCUUUCUCCUCACCAUCGUGAUCGUGGGUGGCGGAGUCCUUCACUACAGCAAUCCCCUAAUCCUGUUCCUCUUUCUGAUGGCCUUCACGCUGUCCACCAUCAUGCAAGGCUUCCUCAUGAGCGUCUUCUUCUCGAAAGCCAACCUGGCGGCCGCCUGCAGCGGAGUCAUUUAUUUCACACUCUACUUGCCGCACAUCCUGUGCUUCGCUUGGCAGGACCGCAUGACUUUCAGAUUGAAGACUUUGGCCAGUUUGCUGUCACCUGUGGCUUUUGGCUUCGGAACGGAAUAUUUAUCCAGAUACGAGGAGCAAGGCCUCGGGUUACAGUUUGGCAACAUACGGAAAAGUCCUGUGGAGGGAGAUGAAUACAGCUUCUUGUUCUCCAUAAUCAUGAUGCUUUUUGAUGCUUUUCUGUAUUGGAUUCUGGCGUGGUACAUAGACCACGUGUUUCCAGGUGAAUUCGGCAUACCCAGGCCCUGGUAUUUCGCGUUGCUGCCGACACACUGGUGCGAUUUUCAGAAUCCCGUGGAAGUGAACGUGGAUUCUGUGGAGACCGAGCUCUCAGUCCACGAACAUGGGGAGGAUAAUCAAGAAGAUAAGCCUCCUCCAGAGGAGGUGAAAGAAGCCAAAGUGGAGAAUCUCAAAGACGUCCUGGAUAACAAAGUCACCGACAAAGAUCGAUGUAAACAUAUAAUAAAGAAAGAAAAGGAGAAAGAAGAAAAGCAAAUGAAGGACGAACAGGAGAAGGAGAGAAAGGACAAGGACCAGGGGCCUGAUGCGAACCCCUUUUUUGAACCUGAACCCCCCGGGAUGAUCCCCGGAGUUUGUAUCCAAGAUCUGACUAAAGUCUAUAAGAACACGUACAAGGCGGCGGUGGACAGGAUGAAUCUCACCUUUUAUGAAGGACAGAUCACUGCCUUCUUAGGGCACAACGGAGCUGGGAAAACAACCGUCCUAUCUAUAAUAACCGGAUUAUUCCCCCCCACCUCGGGGACGGUCUGGGUCCGCGGCAGAGACAUUCAGACUCACAUGGAUUCCAUCAGGCAGAGUCUCGGCAUGUGCCCCCAGCACAAUAUUCUUUUUCAUCGAUUGACGGUGGAGGAACACAUUCUGUUUUACGCUCAACUAAAAGGUAAAUCGAGGAAACAGGCCGAGCGGGAGAUGGAAAUGAUGCUGGAAGAUAUCGGGAUCCCUCACAAAAGGAACGAGGAGUCUCAGAACCUGUCAGGUGGAAUGCAGAGAAAACUAUCUGUCGCCAUGGCGUUGGUCGGUGAUUCCAAAGUUGUGGUUUUGGAUGAACCCACCUCUGGUGUAGACCCGUACUCUAGACGGUCAAUUUGGGAUCUGCUGCUGAAGUACCGAUCAGGCAGGACCAUCAUUCUGUCCACUCACCACAUGGAUGAAGCUGAUCUCCUGGGGGACAGAAUCGCCAUCAUUUCUCAAGGGAAGCUUUACUGCAGCGGAUCCCCCUUAUUCCUGAAGAACUGCUUUGGGACAGGGUUCUACUUAACCCUGGUCAGGAGAAUGAGGAACGUGAAGGAACCAGUGAAGAAGGAUUCUGCUUCCUGCCGCUCCGACUGUUCCUGCACUUGUCCGAGUUGUGCCCCAAAAGCCAAAGAAAAUCCUCUGGAGCAAGAGCUGGAUGGUGAUGUGGCCGGGCUGACGGAGCUCAUUCAUCAUCAUGUUCCUGAGGCUAAGCUCAUAGAAAGCAUCGGGCAGGAACUGAUCUAUCUACUGCCUGGGAAAGACUUCAAGUACCGAGCCUACGCCAGUCUGUUCAGAGAGUUGGAGGAGACCUUGGGGGACCUGGGACUCAGCAGUUUUGGAAUCUCAGAUACACCGCUGGAAGAGAUCUUUUUGAAGGUUACCGCCGACUCAGUGACUGGAACAGAGACUCCAGAGGAAUGGAUGCUGCAGCAGAGGAAAUCCAGGAUCAGCCUGGCCGCGGACACCAAGUCAACCGUAGUCAAUGUGGAUAAUAAAGAUCAAGAAACCUGUUUGAGAAAAGAGUCUCGGAGAAGUGCGGCCGGAGAUGUCGCCCCUGAAGACUGCAAAGACCAACCUGCUCCUACAGAACUGAAAGGCAAAGGAUCUGAGCAGCUGAAAGGCAGCGACCUCCUGCACCAGCAGUUCAAGGCCCUUCUUAUAAAACGCUUCCAGCACGCUACACGUAGUCAGAAAGACUUCCUCGCCCAGAUUGUGCUUCCCGCCAGCUUCGUGCUGCUGGCCCUGAUCUUUACUCUCAUUGUUCCUCCUUUCGGUGAAUACCCCAGUCUGACGCUUCAUCCUUGGAUCUACGGACAGCAGUUUAUUUUCUUCAGUAAUGAACAGCCGGGCAGCGAGCAGCUGGUGCCGCUAUCCAACGCCUUCCUGAACACCCCCGGCUUUGGCACUCGCUGUAUGAAGGAUCUGCCCCUGGGUAAAAAGUUCUCCUGUACGAACACAUCGAGCGAGUGGAUCAUCCCGACCGUGUCUCCGAGCGUAACCAACAUCCUGCUGGGCCACGAGUGGACGCCCCACAACCCGUCCCCGUCCUGUACGUGUAGUACAAGAAAUAAGCUGAUAAUGCUGCCCGAAUGUCCUGAGGGCGCCGGAGGCCGACCGCCGCCGCAGAGGAUCCAGCCGAGCUCGGAGAUUCUUCAGGACCUCACAGAACGAAAUAUUUCGGAUUAUCUCAUCAAAACAUACCCCACUCUGAUACGAAGCAGUCUGAAGAGCAAAUAUUGGGUCAAUGAACAAAGAUACGGAGGGAUUUCUGUGGGCGCGAAGCUUCCUGUCCUGGACGUACAAGGAGAAACGAUCGUGGACUUCUUCAGACAUCUGGGACAAAUGACCAACGUGUCCGGAGGUCCUGUCACUAAGACCGUAAACCGAGAACUGCAAACCUUCCUGACCAACCUGGAAACCGAGAACAACAUCAAGGUUUGGUUCAAUAACAAGGGCUGGCAUUCCAUGGUCAUCUUCAUCAAUGUGGCCAACAACGCCAUCCUCAGAGCCAACCUGGGAGAGGACAAAGACCCUGAAGAGUACGGGAUCACCACCGAAAACCAUCCCCUCAACCUCACCAAGGAUCAGCUGUCAGAGGUCACUGUGUUGACCACGUCGGUGGAUGUGGUGGUCGCCAUUUGUGUGAUAUUCGCGAUGUCUUUCAUCCCGGCGAGCUUCGUACUGUAUCUGAUUCAGGAGAGGGUCUCCAAUGCCAAGCACCUCCAGUUCGUCAGCGGGGUCACCCCGGCCGUCUACUGGCUCACCAACUUCUCCUGGGAUAUAGCAAACUACGCUAUCAGUGUCGCCAUGGUGGUUGUUAUCUUCAUCGGGUUUGAAAAGAAAGCAUAUACGUCGUCUACGAACCUCCCGGCGCUCAUAGCUCUGCUCUUCUUCUAUGGAUGGGCUGUGAUCCCUAUGAUGUAUCCGGCGUCGUAUCUCUUCAAUGUGCCCAGUACGGCAUACGUGGCUUUGUCCUGUCUGAAUCUCUUCAUUGGCAUAAACAGCAGCGCCAUCACCUUCAUCCUGGAUCUUUUUGAGAAUAACAGAUCUCUGUUGAAGUUUAAUGAGAAGCUGAAGGAUCUGCUGUUAAUCUUCCCGCACUUCUGCCUGGGCCGGGGACUUAUUGAUCUGGCGAUGAAUCAGGCCGUGACCGAUGUGUACGCUCGCUUUGGUGAAGAGCACGCAACAAACCCUUUCCAAUGGGAGUUCCUGGGGAGAAAUAUCUUUGCGAUGGCUGUAGAAGGAAUCGUGUAUUUUGGACUGAAUCUCCUCAUACAGAACCGAUUCUUCCUUAACACUUGGUUUGCAGAACCUCCCAAAGGUUGUAUUGAGGGAGAAGAUGAAGAUGUCGCACAAGAGAGACAGAGAGUGAUGAAAGGAGGAGGCAAGAAUGAUAUACUACGACUACAGGAACUGACAAAGGUUUAUGCUGGUAAACACUCGCCUUCUGUGGACUCGCUCUGCAUCGGUGUCCGUCCCGGAGAGUGCUUUGGUCUUCUGGGCGUGAACGGGGCUGGAAAGACGACCACCUUCAAGAUGCUGACCGGAGACAUCGAGGUGACCUCCGGAGAUGCUACAGUGGCUGGAUACAGUAUCCUGACCGAUAUCACUGACGUGCACCAGAACAUGGGUUACUGUCCGCAGUUUGAUGCUAUAGACGAGCUGCUGACUGGUCGCGAGCAUCUGCAGCUAUAUGCGCGUUUACGCGGAGUUCCUGAAGAGGAAGUCAAUAUGGUUGCAGAAUGGGGGAUUGAAAAACUGGGCCUUAAAAGAUACGCCGACCAAUCAGCGGGCACCUACAGCGGGGGGAACAAACGCAAGCUAUCAACUGCAAUUGCCCUUAUUGGGUGCCCUCCGGUGGUAUUGUUGGACGAGCCCACUACAGGGAUGGAUCCUCAGUCUCGACGCUUCCUAUGGAACUCUAUAGUCAGUAUUAUCAGAGAAGGGCGCUCCGUGGUGCUGACCUCUCACAGUAUGGAGGAAUGUGAAGCGCUCUGCACUCGUCUGGCUAUAAUGGUGAAGGGAACCUUCAAAUGUCUGGGAACCAUUCAGCAUCUAAAAUACAAGUUUGGAGACGGGUAUAUAGUUACCAUGAAGAUCAAAGCCCAGAAGCUCGGAGCCGCGCCGGACCCAGAACCCACAGAGAAGUUUAUACAAACAAACUUUCCUGGCAGUAUACAGCGCGAAAAACACUACAACAUGUUACAGUACCAGAUCUGCUCCUCUUCCCUGGCCAGGAUAUUCCAGCUCCUGAUCUCCAACAAGGAAAUCCUCAACAUCGAGGAAUAUUCUGUGUCCCAGACCACGUUAGACCAGGUAUUUGUAAACUUCGCUAAACAGCAGACGGAAGAUGAGGAUAUCCGCCUACAUCCGCGAGCUGCUGGAGCCACACGGGACGUCAAAGUUGCACCAGCUCCACCCACAAAGGCUUCUUAAAGAUCCAGCCUGCCUUCGGCAUCAGGAGACAAGAAGGUGACGGGGCCCUCCUGUACGGUGCGAUGAAGAUGGUGUCUACAAGCAGGGAAGGAACCGGUCGCCCACUCCGCAAAGUCUUAGAACAGCGAACCCAGCAUCCUGGCCAUGGUGCAUCCCGUAUCCCUUCUCGGUGGUCACUUCGGCUCAUUGGUCAGUGUUGUAGGGGGCGGCUGCUAGGUGCCGGACCAAGCACGUAGACGGUGCCGCGCCGUGACCAUUGGUACUGUAGCUUCUAUUAGGGUCCAAUGGCAAAAAAAUGGCCGCCAACUCUCUUCUGCAUCAUCUCAUCCAUCUUGUGAUACAUCAGAAAGCUUUGUCACUCGGAAAAUCCUCGUCACCUGCUACACUGAAACGCUCCCCCAGCUCUAGGAGAUGACUACGAUAAAUGCCAACAAGUAAUGGGAUCUCUCAGCGCUCCAGUUUACUGGGACUAUAGACUAUGAUAAAUGCUUGGUGUUUACUGACUUAUAACAAGGAAACCGAGAUUGAUAGAAACGCUUUGUCCUUUUUCAUUUGCUUAUUAACAAAUAAAGUUUAGUCUAUU